AUGUGUUAUAAAGUUUUUCAUCGUCAAGUUUAUUUGCACAUUCAAAGAGUUCAAACAAUUAUUAAAAAAUAUCAAUCUCAAGAUGGUGUUGGUAAGUUGCCAAUUUUACACUGUUUUUCUGAUUAUUAUCUAAUUCGAAUUUCAUCUCAGAUUGACUGAAAAUUCCCGUUUCCCAAUUAUAAUUUAGCUUAAAAUCUAAAAUCUUUUGAGAUUGUUCUGGAAUGUAGUCUGACUGCCCCAUCCCUUAUUUCUUUUGUUAUUCCCUUUCUUCAUAAUAAAUACGAAAAAAAAAGAAAAAAACAAAAAAAAACAAAUUCAAACCGCCGCCGCACUCUUCCCAUUUGAAUCGCCGCCUGCCGCCGCUUCCACUCGAGACACAAGCCACGCCCACCUGCCUACAAUUUAUUUUUCUCUCUCCUAAAAUCACUUCUCUUUUUCAUUUUCCCCGUUUUCUCUCAUUUUCUCUCAUUUCUUGUUUUGUUUUGCUUUUUAUUUUGCUUUCCCUUGUUUCAUUUGUCAACUUGUAAUUUAAAAAUUGUUUUGCAGCUCUUCCGUUUUGCCUCCUCCGAUUGUGAAAAUCAACACCACAGCCUCUCCACCAAAGGAAGCCAAGGUUAGUUUAUUUUAUUUGAAAAUCUAGGAAAAUAUAUGAAAUGUCUUUGAAAUUUUUUGAUUUCAAGUUUGAUCGUAGCGAACUCCCACCUGAAUAAAGUGAAGCUAAAACGCAGUCUAGUGUUUAGAAAUGUCAUCCCAAGCUCUUCAAAAAACACCAAUUUCAUUUUUUGGGAGAUCUGAGGCCUGAUUUGUCUUUUAGGCUGAUUAGAAAGUCUUGAAAUAUAAUUUCUGGACACUAAUAUGCGUUUUAGCUUCACUUUAUUCAGUUGAGAAUGUGUUGAGAAAAAAGAGAAACAGAUUUGAAAGAAUUAGUGACUUGAAAUUCAGCAAAAAUUUUGAAAUCAAUCAAAAAAAGAUAAAAAGAAUUUAGGAAAAAAAUAGAAAAAAAUUACUUUUUCUUAUAUAUAAAACUUUUUGUUAUUCUUCCCCCUCCCACAGAAAAUAGCGAGGAGUAGAGAAUGUGCGCUCUAAUGAUAAUGUAUGCGAGAAGAAAUUUCUAGGAUUUUCUAUUUUCCGCAGUCAUUUUUUCGCCUGUACUCUUUUUCUUUUCCCCGAUUUUCUCACUCUCUGCGUUUUGCAACACCGGUUUCUUCUUCUUCUAGUUUCUCAGAGAGUUUUUUUUAAUUUUCUCUUUCGAAAGGUGAAGUGAAAAUAUUUUUGUAUGUUCUUUGAGAUCAUUUAAUUUCAAACAUUGAAACCAAUAUUUUUCAGAACAAUGUCUUCACUUGGACAAGAAUAUUCAACAGUCAAUGCAGUUUAUCAUUCGGGCCAUCAACCCGACGUUAUAAUCGAUGGGAUCUUCGAUCUGAAACAAUGAAGUGAGUGUUUUAGGGCAGUCCUUAAUCCAAGUAGUGGAAAAAAUCCAAUUCUCAAAAAAACUCUGUUGUUUAUUAUUCAGCAGAGAGUUUUUUUUAUUUUCUUUUUUUGAAAUGUGAAGUAAAACUAUUUUUGUAUGUUCUUUGAGAUCAUUUAAUUUUAAACAUUGAAACCAAUAUUUUUCAGAACAAUGUCUUCGCUUGAGCAAGAUUAUUCAACAAUCACUGCAGAUUAUCAUUCGGGCCAUCAACCCGACGUUAUAAUCGAUGGGAUUUUCAGUGAGUGUUUUUGGGCAGUCCUUAAUCCAAGUAGUGGAAGAAAUGCAGUUCUCAAAAAAAAACUCUGACAUAUUCUUCUUAAUUUUACAUGAAUUGUUAUACAUAUUCGGGGAAACAAUUCAUCCACAAAACCUCUGAUUUCAAUUAGUCUGAACUUUCGAAACAUGAGGAAUGUUUAUUCAGAACCUACAACCAGAAAACUGUAUUUUAUUGCCGUUUUUUUGUCAACUGAAGGAACCGAAAACCAAAUCAAUUAUUUUUCAGUAUGGAUUUUUCAAAUGGAACAAGACGAAAUGGUUAUGAUGAAAACGAUUUGUUCGAUUAUGAAAACAUCGAGGAAGGUGGAAAAGAAGUGAUGAAGUUGAACUGAUGGAACUUGAGGAAACAUCGAUAGAUUGUGAAGAAAAUGGAAAUGAAUCGGAUGGAAAGUGGAAAUGAAUCGGACAUUUUUAGAAAAAAAUAAUCGGACCCAAUUGAUUCUGAGAACUUCCCGGUACUCAACAACUCUAUUGGACUCUUUCUCAAUAUCCCAGCAUUUCAUGAAAUUCUUCGAACCGAGUUCAAAGAAUCAUCUAUAUUCAGUUCGAAGCAACAUCAUCAAUGACUUAGGAGUAUACACAAAAGAAUUGUCAUACAACGUUGUUUUGAAUUCAGACCGAAAAUAAGUGAGUUUGUGUUUUGUUCACUAUUUUAAAAUAUGUUUUUAUUCUUUAGGAUUUUCGCUGGUAUACUAACAUAAGGAAUUGGAAUACAACGAAAUUCUUAAAUAUUUAUUUACAUUAAAAAAAUAUUUUUUUUUAAAUACCUUAUUUGUCUAUUUUUUGUUCCCGUUUUUUUUAAUCAAUAAAUUCAUCAAUAAAAAAUGAAUUAACUUUUUCUGUAAAAUCGAAAUUUUCUGGCUGUUUUGGGAACUUUAUCUAUCAAAAACAGUUAGUGCAUUUAUCUUUUUCCGUGGUUCCCGUUGGUGUUCUUACAUAACUUGUUGUAAUUCUAUACAUCGUUUGUAUAAUGUUCACUAGAUGUUCCGGGACGUCGUGAUUUCGCAGGCUUAUCCAUAUUGUGUCGUGUGGAGUACUGUCGAAAGCUUUCUCUAGAUCUAGGAAUGCGAGAUGAAAAAGGGCCAGUUUUUUACGGUGUUUUUCCAGUUUCCAGCAAAUAUGGCAUCAGUUGUUGAUUUCCCGUUUUUUCCAUGGCUAAAUUAGGAACCAUUCCUGAUUUCGCCACAAGUCAUUUUUUGAACUAAAAACUUGAAAUUUUUAUUUAUGAAUUUGAUUGUUAGACGAAAAACUUCAACGAAAAAGUUGGACGAAAAACUUCGACGAAAAAGUUUGACGAAAAAUUUCAAAAAAAUUUUUUAACAGAGUUAAAAAAAAGAAAUUUUAAUUUUCGUUGAAAAAAUUUAAAAAAAAUGAAAAUUCAAGUUUUUCGUUCAAAAAAUGACUCGUGGCAAAAUCAGGAACGGUUUCUAAUUUUGCCAUGACGUCAUCGAACAAUUUUUCACAAAAAAAAUUUUUCUUGUUUUUUUUAACAGUGUUAAAAAAAUUUUUAACAGUGUUAAAAAAAAAAAAGAAAUUUUGAUUAAAUUCAACAAAAACCGAAAUUUUGAUUUUCGUUGAAAAAAUUAAAAAAAAAUGAAAAUUCAAGUUUUUCGUUCAAAAAAUGACUCGUGGCAAAAUCAGGAACGGUUUCUAAUUUUGCCAUGACGUCAUCGAACAAUUUUUCUUCGACGAAAAACUUCAUUGAAAAAUAUCAAUCUCAAGAUGGUGUUGGUAAGUUGCCAAUUUUACACCGUUUUUCUGAUUAUUAUCUAAUUCGAAUUCCAUCUCAGAUUCCCUGAAAAUUCCCGUUUCCAAAAUAUAUUUUAGCUUAAAAUCUAAUCUUUUGAGAUUGUUCUGGAAUGUAGUCUGACUGCCCCAUCCCUUAUUUCUUUUGUUAUUCCCUUUCUUCAUAAUAAAUACGAAAAAAAAGAAAAAAACAAAAAAAAACAAAUUCAAACCGCCGCCGCACUCUUCCCAUUUGAAUCGCCGCCUGCCGCCGCUUCCACUCGAGACACAAGCCACGCCCACCUGCCUACAAUUUAUUUUUCUCUCUCCUAAAAUCACUUCUCUUUUUCAUUUUCCCCGUUUUCUCUCAUUUUCUCUCAUUUCUUGUUUUGUUUUGCUUUUUAUUUUGCUUUCCCUUGUUUCAUUUGUCAACUUGUAAUUUAAAAAUUGUUUUGCAGCUCUUCCGUUUUGCCUCCUCCGAUUGUGAAAAUCAACACCACAGCCUCUCCACCAAAGGAAGCCAAGGUUAGUUUAUUUUAUUUGAAAAUCUAGGAAAAUAUAUGAAAUGUCUUUGAAAUUUUUUGAUUUCAAGUUUGAUCGUAGCGAACUCCCAACUGAAUAAAGUCAAGCUAAAACGUAUUCUAGUGUUUAGAAAUGUCAUCCCAAGUUCUUUUAAUGAGACCUCUAGAGACAAAUCAAGACUUCAAAAUCAAAUUGUUGAUUUUCAAAAUUUUUCGAAAAUCACCUAUUUCAUUUUUUGGGAGAUCUGAGGCUUGAUUCCUCUUUUAGGCUGAUUAGACAGUCUUGAAAUAUAAUUUCUGUACACUAAUAUGCGUUUUAGCUUCACUUUAUUCAGUUGGGAAUGUGUUGAGAAAAAAGAGAAACAGAUUUGAAGCAGCAAAAAGUUUGAAAUCAAUAAAAAAAGAUAAAAUAAUUUUGGAAAAAAAUAGAAAAAAAUAAUUUUCUUCAAUCCUAUCCUCCAAAUAUUUUUUGAUCUCAUCUGUUUUUAUUAAUUUAGCAUGUUUGAAAAGGACGUCGAGUAUUGUAUUGAGACAACAUAGUUGUUGCCACGGCAAGAAAAAUAAAACCUUUUUGUUAUUUUUCCCUCCCCUCCCGCAGAAAACAGCGAGGAGUAGAGAAUGUGCGCUCUAAUGAUAAUGUAUGCGAGAACGUUGUUUAUUAUUCAGCAGAGAGUAUUUUUUAUUUUCUUUUUUUGAAAUUUGAAGUAAAAAUAUUUUUGUAUGUUCUUUGAUAUCAUUUAAUUUUAAACAUUGAAACCAAUAUUUUUCAGAACAAUGUCUUUGCUCGAACAAGAUUAUUCAACAAUGAAUGCAGUAUACAUAUUAUUCGGGCCAUCAACCCGAUGUGUUAUAAUCGAUGGGAUCUUCGAUCUGAAACAAUGAAGUGAGUGUUUUAGGGCAGUCCUUAAUCCUAGUAGUGAAAGAAAUCCAGUUCUCAAAAAAAAACUCUGUUGUUUAUUAUUCAGCAGAGAGUUUUUUUCAUUUUCUCUUUUGAAAAGUGAAGUAAAAAUAUUUUUGUAUGUUCUUUGAGAUCAUUUAAUUUUAAACAUUGAAACCAAUAUUUUUCAGAACAAUGUCUUCACUUGGACAAGAAUAUCCAACAGUCAAUGCAGUUUAUCAUUCGGGCCAUCAACCCGACGUUAUAAUCGAUGGGAUUUUCAGUGAGUGUUUUUGGGCAGUCCUUAAUCCAAGUAGUGGAAGAAAUGCAGUUCUCAAAAAAAAACUCUGACAUAUUCUUCUUAAUUUUACAUGAAUUGUUAUACAUAUUCGGGGAAACAAUUCAUCCACAAAGCCUCUGAUUUCAAUUAGUCUGAACUUGAACCAAUCGAAACAUGAGGAAUGUUUAUUCAGAACCUACAACCAGAAAACUGUAUUUUAUUGCCGUUUUUUUUGUCAAUCGAAGGUACCGAAAACCAAAUCAAUUAUUUUUCAGUAUGGAUUUUUCAAAUGGAACAAGACGAAAUGGUUAUGAUGAAAACGAUUUGUUCGAUUAUGAAAACAUCGAGGAUGGUGGAAAAAAGGGAUGAAGUUGAACUGAUGGAACUUGAGGAAAUAUCGAUAGAUUGUCAAGAAAGUGCAAAUGAAUCGGAUGGGCGCUUUCUCAAUAUCCCAGCAUUUCACGAAAUUCUUCGAACCAAUCAACAUUCGGUUCGAAGCAACAUCAUCAAUGACGCAGGAGAAACUUCCUUUCAUUUCAAGUACAUAUAUACCCAAAGGAAUUGUCGCACAACGUUUUUUUGAAUUCAGACCGAAAAUAAGUGAGUUUUUGUUCUGUUCACUAUUUUAAAAUAUAUUUUUAUUCUUUAGGAUUUUCGCUGGUAUACUAA